UGAUUCAAGCUAGCCCUCAACCAAUCUGUUACGACGCAGCAUCCGCCAGUUACGGGUAUUGCCGUCCAAUAUGUUCUUGUCCAACGUCUGCUGGUGUUAGUACUGCGUGUAUGUGCGCAAUGCCUGUUGCCACUAGUACUAUUUAG